CCAGACAAAUGGUACCCUGAAGGCUGCUUCACUUCAUAUCCUCCUUGUUUCUUCAGUGAAUUAGUAGCUUCCUGCUCUAUCUUGAAAAAAGGAGUUUAAUUUUGCAGUGUUUAGGUUCACAUAAAUUUGCAUAAAAGAUGUCUGGUCUCAUGCAAUGUAUUGUCCAAGCCAUCGACAUUUUCUACCAUUAUGCCAAAGAGGAAGGGGAAUGUGAAAAACUAAGCAAAAAUGAACUGAAGAAACUUUUAGAAAAUGAGUUUAAUUCAGUUCUGAAGAAUCCAAGUAAUCCUCAAAUUGUGAACGCUAUCAUGCAUAUAUUGGACCAAGACCAUGACAAUCAAGUGGAUUUUGCUGAGUUUCUUCUAAUGUUAGUCAAUCUGGCUCUAUCUCUCAAUAAGUCUCUCAGCAAAAAGUAUUGUGAAGCAUCGGGGUCAAAGCAAAAAGAUCCAAACCAAGAAGAACAGAAUGUGACAGAUGAAGAAGAAGAAGGUUCUAGUGGUGAUCAGUCAAAUCCAGAAGUAGAACAAGAACAAUGGUACACUUCCACGAAUUUACAGAAGAAAGGAAAACAUAGGCACCAGUCUCGGUCUAGCUCUCCUCGGAAGAGAAGGAGAAAUAGCUCAUCAAAUUCAGGACACAGGGAGGGCUCUAGGGAAAAACACCAUAACUCAAAGAUGAUUCAGAAAGAGAGAAAUGGGCUCAGUUCAAGAAAGGACAAGUCAAGUUCUGAUUCAAGCUCAGAAAAGUCCUCUAGUUUUGACCAUCAUAGAUCUAAUGCACAUAAACAGCCAUCUAGAUGGGGAAGAAAAGGGUCUAGUUCAGAUGAUCAAUAUAGGGAGGAAGAGAAUCAAAAAACAAAGAAAGAGAAUCAAUCAACACAAAAGAAUGCAAAAAGCAGUAAGAGAGAAAGAUCAAAGAAACAAGAUAAGAGAAUAAUUGAGAAUUGUUCAGGGAGCGAGUCUCAAAAGCAAGAUAACAUUUCCAUAGAGUUAACAAAAAGCAGGCAACAAAGACAAGAACAAAGUCAUGAACAAUCAAGAUCCAACAAGGAUGGAAAGUCAGAUGACAAGCACAGACAUUCAAGGAACAGUGAAAAACAAGUGACAGACAGCCCUAGACAUCUAUCAUCUAAGCAGCAACAGCCCUCAUCCAUUCAUGGAAGACAUGGAUCAACAGCAAGAAGAGAAACAAGUGAUAGUCAGGCAAGUGAUAGUGAAGAACAGUCAAGAGACCAAUUUAGAGAUUCAGUCUCUGGUCAUAGACAGUCUUCAUCUACCCACUCAGGGUCCCAUUCUAGACUCAAAAAAAGUGAAGGGCAAUCAGGAGACAGACAUAGGCACUCAGGAUCUGGUCAUCAACAAUCCUCAUCUAGUCAGGGACAUCAUGGCUCUAAUACAAGAGGAAGACAAGGGUCCACUUCUAGCCAGGCAAGUGACAGUGAAGGACAAACAAGAAACCACUCCACAGACUCAGUCUCUGGUCAUAGACAGUCUUCACCUACACACCUCAGGUUCUAG